UUACCACAAGCCCCAAAAGAUAGAUAGGGAGAGAGAGAAAAAGUGAGCGUGUGUCAGAGACAGAGGGUCAGCCUGAGAUAAAGAUAAAAAGAGAGAGAGAGAGAGAGAGAGAGAGAGAGAGAGAGAGAGAGAGAGAGAGAGAGAGAGAGAGACACACACACACACACAGUUAGUUAAUAUUGGCAUGCCUGCAUACUCCACCAACAUGAGGCUUAAGUUUCCUAUCCUGGCUCUGACUCUGGAGAUUAUCACCAUCAUCCUGUUCGCUGUGUUUGUGGACUACGAUGAUGGGAACAUGGGGGGCACGGAGCACAACACCACACACCAUGAGAAUAAGACGGAACAGGAUCCUCUGACCCUUUAUCCCAUGUUCCAGGAUGUCCACGUUAUGAUCUUCAUUGGCUUUGGCUUCCUGAUGACCUUUCUGAAGAGAUAUGGCUUCAGCAGCGUGGGCCUCAACCUGCUCCUGGCCGCAUUUGCUCUGCAGUGGGGUCUAAUCAUGCAAGGCCUCUGGCACCUGGAUGACGGCAAGAUCAAAGUCUCCAUCUUCAAGAUGAUCAACGCAGAUUUCAGCACAGCCACCGUUCUGAUCUCGUUCGGGGCAGUGCUGGGUAAAACCAGUCCUGUCCAGCUCCUCAUCAUGACCAUCCUGGAGAUCACCAUCUUCAGCAUCAACGAACAUCUGGUGGUAGAAAUCCUGGAGGCCAAUGAUGUUGGGGCCUCCAUGAUUAUCCAUGCCUUUGGGGCAUACUUCGGUCUCGCAGUGGCCCGCAUGCUGUACCGGCCAGCUCUGAGGAACAGCCAUGAGAAUGAUGGCUCUGUUUACCACUCUGACCUCUUCGCCAUGAUCGGUACCGUGUUCCUCUGGAUGUUCUGGCCCAGUUUCAACUCUGCCAUCGCUGAAUCUGGCACUGAUCAGCUCAUGGCGGUGACCAACACCUACUUCUCCCUGGCUGCCUGCGUACUGUCUGCCUAUGCCGUCUCCAGCUUGGUGGAGCACAAAGGGAAACUGGACAUGGUCCACAUCCAGAAUGCCACUCUGGCAGGAGGUGUUGCCGUGGGAACCUGCGCUGACAUGGACAUCGGCCCUUUUGGUGCCAUGAUCAUCGGGUUCGUGGCUGGCAUCGUCUCCACUCUGGGCUUCAAGUUCCUCACUCCAAUCCUGGCAUCCAACCUGGGCAUCCAGGACACCUGUGGUGUCCACAAUCUGCACGGCAUGCCUGGCAUUCUCGGGGGUAUUGCUGGCAUUGUGGCUGUCGCUCUGGGCAAGAAGAACGGGAGUGCUGCCAUGCAGGGUGCAGCCCUGGCCUCAUCACUUGGGUUCGCUUUGGUUGGAGGAACUAUUACAGGUCUGAUAAUGAAGCUUCCAUUCUGGGGACAGCCUCCAGAUCAGAACUGCUUUGAUGAUUCCAUUUAUUGGGAGGUUCCUGGGGAGGAGGAGGAGGAGGGCGAGGAGAGCCUGGCUCACGGAGACCAAAAAGCAGAGGCGUAAAGCUCCCACUCUUUGCUGCACAUUCACAACAUACAACCCUCUGAGCUAGAAAUGGGAAAGUGAGGAAUCAUGAACCACACAUUAGACAUUGGGUGUACUCUAUCUCAAUAGUCUUAACUGGCUUCCUCUCCUUGUCACCUCUCCUUCAUCUAAUUGGUAGAUCCCUACCAGGACUUCAUGCGUCACCCGUCUAAUUGCUUGACCAUCAGUGCAGAGGACGUAAAGGAGAGAAUCUAUGUUGUACUAUUGAAUUCAACCCAGGAUGGCUAGUGCUGUGAAAUUGUCAGUUAUUUUCAACUACUGCAUAAAUAAUUGGAUUGAUAUGAGACAAAUUGAGAUCAUAUCGUGAUUCAUGCUGCCUUAUUAAGACAUCUCUAAAUCAACUCGAUCAGCAGGGAAAUGUUAGCCUAUGUUGCACUUUUCUAGGUCCAAACUAGGUCCUCAUUGUCCAUAGAUUUGUACAAAAUAUUUUAAUCUUCAAUUGAAGUAGGUCCACUGAAGAGCAUUUGGGAAACAUGUCAUAGCUCGUUAUAAUUUCAACUAAAGUGUAAGAGGUGGGUGUGUUACAUAUUUUUUUUUAAACUAGGUCUCAAUGCAAUUGAGAUAAUAUUGUAAGGAUUUUCUUAUCUUAAACAAAUAAUGUUUACAGAAACUCAUUUCAAGCAACAUGCUUGCAGUGCUUUGGAUGUGUUAGUCUGAAAAUUUAUUUAAAUGAAGGAGCAUUUUGAUAUAAAUGAUCCUGAAUAAGUUGCAUUGAAACAUGAACUGUUCUUUCACACAAUCGGAGGAAAGAUACUUUCAGGGAUUCUUUUUUUACACUGAAUUUGAUGACCACCGUUCUGAGCCAUUAGAACAUGUAUAGAAAUAGUAGAAACAAUAUAUCAAGCUGACAAUAUCACCAAUUGUCUCACAUGCUUUGUGAAACUAUCGAAAUGUUAACAGACAUUUGUUUUGCCUCAUUAGUUAGGGCUAUACAUUGUAUAUUUUUCUCAACGUGACUUUUUAUGUCGCCAUCCAACUGACAUAGCCGAUAUUGUGUGCUAGGCCUUGUUUAAUUAAUAAAAUCAACUGCUACUUUAGCCUGCUGCAGAGCUAGGCCGCAUGACUGGAGCUCACUACUCCUACUGGAGAGAAUCUGAUACCAGACCAGGCUGCAAAGUUUAGGCAGUAGCUAAGGGCCAGUAUUUAUCAAGCGUCUCAGAGUGGGGGUGCUGAUCUUGGAUCAGUUUUACCUUUCUAGAUCAGCACUCCUGAGACGCUUGAUAAACACGGGCCCAGGUCUCAUGGGGAACGGAGCUAGGCAAGAAUAGGUUCUGCAUUAAGCUACUCCCUGUGUGCAUCCAAAUACUCUAAGGUUCCCCUUCUUCUACCCCAGUAUCCUCUCAGCUAAAAUGGAGUUGAGUGUCUUUCCUUUUCAUUUUUCAAACACAGAAAGUCAAUUGAAAUCCGACAUGUCCAAUUAAAAACCGGAUAGUCUACAUGUCACGUGGGUUCUGAAUAAAUGGGGCAUGAGAAAGAAAGCCACUAAGAGAUUUAGGAUACAUAAGCUUUCUAUAUUUCUUUCACUUCUUAUUGUAACCUCUUAAUGCAAAGUGUAGUUAGUUACAUAAUGGAUAUAGUCAGUUUCUCUAAAUCCCUGCACCUAGGACUAACAAUUGGUACUUAGUGAUUCAGAUCACAAGUAUCUCUUUAUACACUGAGUGUACAAAACAUUAAGAACACUUUCAUCAUAUUGAGUUGAACCCCCCCCCCCCCCCCUUACCCCAGAAUAGUCUCAAUUUGUUGGGUCAAUGACUGUACAAGGUGUGGAAAGCAUUCCACAGGGAUGCUGGCCCAUGUUGACUCCAGUGCUUGACCCCAAAGGUGUUCGGUGGGGUUGAAGUCAGGGCUCUUCCACACCAAUCUCAACAUUGGUGUGGAUAUUGUCAUGCUGAAACAGGAAUGUGCCUUCCCCAAAAUGUUGCCACAAAGUUGGAAGCACAGAAUCAUCUAGAAUGACAGUUGUGUCAAGUUGGCUGGAUGUCCUUUAGGUGGUGGACCAUUCUUGAUACACAUGGGAGACUGUUGAGUGUGAUAACCCCAGCAGCGUUGCAAUUCCCAACACAAACCAGUGCGCCUGGCACCUACUACCAUACCCCGUUCAAAGGCACUUAAAUAUUUAGUCUUGCCUCUUCAUCCUCUAAAUGGCACACAUACACAAUUGCCUCAAUUGCCUCAAGGAUGAAACAAAAUCAUUCUUUAACCUGUCUCCUCUUCUUCAUCUACACUGAUUUGAAGUGGAUUUAACAAGUUAGAUCAAAAAGGAUCAUAGCAUUCACCUGGCCAGUCUAUGUCUUGGAAAGAGCAGGUAUUUAUAAUGUUUUGUACACUCAGGCUAUAUCGCAACCAUUUUGUUGAAUAAAGCUAAAGUGAUACCUGAGAGUGCAGGAGGAAAAUAGUCAACAAUAGUUCCUGUACUAGACCAUUGUAGCAGGUAAAGAUGAAACUGACUACAGAUACACUACAUGGCCCAAAUGAUGCUUGUCUAACAUCUCAUUCCAAAAUCAUGGGCAUUAAAAUGGAGUUGGUUCCACCUUUGUUGCUAUAACGCUUACUUUUGGCCAUGUAGUGUAGCUAGAUAAGUAGUACAUUUGGCUGAUGUAGUAGCCUAUGUGUGAUUUAGAUGUAAUGCUUAGAACACCAGCAGGCAAUAUUUAAACAAAAAAUGCUUGAUAUGACUUUUUUUAAAGUUACAUAAAAUUAGUAUGUAUUACAUAUUUGUUAAUGUAUAAAUAUUUAUACUGUAAUUUAUGAAUAUGGCUUUAUACAAUAUAAGAGUGA